GAUAUGACAAGUGAUGGUGCUGUUACGUUUUGGAUAUUUUUGCUUUGUUUGAUCGGGACACCGCAGCUGGAGGGCAGCGAGGCGGGCAGGCCGGAUGAGCUGCAUAUUGGCGGCAUAUUUCCAAUUGCCGGCAAAGGAGGAUGGCAGGGUGGGCAGGCGUGCAUGCCGGCCGCAAGACUGGCAUUGGAUGAUGUCAACAAGGAGCCAAAUCUUCUGCCCGGCUUCAAGCUCAUCCUGCACAGCAAUGACAGCGAGUGCGAACCGGGUUUGGGCGCCAGUGUGAUGUACAAUCUAUUAUAUAAUAAGCCGCAAAAGCUGAUGCUCUUGGCGGGCUGCAGCACUGUCUGCACCACCGUUGCAGAGGCAGCCAAAAUGUGGAAUCUAAUUGUGCUCUGUUAUGGCGCUUCAAGUCCCGCUCUGUCCGAUCGCAAACGUUUUCCAACACUGUUUCGCACCCAUCCCUCGGCCACGGUGCACAAUCCAACGCGCAUCAAGCUGAUGAAAAAGUUCGGCUGGUCACGCGUUGCCAUUCUACAGCAAGCCGAAGAGGUAUUCAUAUCGACCGUCGAGGAUCUUGAGAAUCGCUGCAUGGAAGCUGGCGUCGAAAUCGUAACUAGACAAUCAUUUCUAUCCGAUCCAACAGACGCCGUACGCAAUUUAAGACGCCAGGAUGCCCGCAUCAUUGUGGGCCUCUUCUAUGUGGUGGCAGCAAGACGCGUUCUCUGCGAGAUGUACAAACAGCAGCUCUACGGGCGUGCUCAUGUCUGGUUCUUUAUAGGCUGGUACGAGGACAACUGGUACGAGGCAAAUCUGGAAAAUGAGGGCAUAACGUGCACAGUGGAGCAAAUGCGCAUCGCUGCCGAAGGACAUCUGACAACCGAGGCUUUAAUGUGGAAUCAAAACAAUCAGACAACAAUAUCGGGCAUGACCGCCGAAGAGUUUCGACAUCGACUGAAUCAUGCGCUUAUCGAAGAAGGCUACGACAUAAAUCACGAUCGCUAUCCAGAGGGCUAUCAGGAGGCGCCGCUGGCCUAUGAUGCUGUCUGGAGUGUGGCAUUGGCCUUCAACAAGACAAUGGAGCGUCUAACGACUCGAAAAAAAUCGUUGCGAGAUUUUACGUACACAGACAAAGAAAUUGCCGACGAUAUAUAUUCGGCAAUGAACUCGACACAGUUCUUGGGCGUAUCGGGCGUGGUUGCAUUCAGCUCACAGGGCGAUCGAAUUGCGCUCACACAAAUCGAACAGAUGGUAAAUGGGAAGUACGAAAAGCUAGGCUAUUACGAUACACAGCUGGACAAUCUAACUUGGCUAAAUACGGAGCAAUGGAUUGGUGGAAAGGUGCCGCAGGAUCGUACAAUUGUUACCCAUGUGUUAAGAACGGUCUCUUUGCCGUUAUUUGUUUGCAUGUGCACCAUCUCCUGUUGCGGCAUCUUUGUGGCCUUCGCUCUGAUCAUCUUCAACAUAUGGAAUAAGCAUAGAAGAGUAAUACAAUCCUCGCAUCCUGUGUGCAAUACGAUCAUGCUAUUUGGCGUUAUCAUCUGCCUUAUAUCAGUCAUAUUACUGGGCAUGGACGGGCGCUUUGUCAGUCCACAUGAAUAUCCAAAGAUCUGUCAAGCACGUGCUUGGCUAUUAUCCACCGGUUUUACAUUAGCAUAUGGUGCUAUGUUCAGCAAAGUCUGGCGUGUGCAUCGAUUUACAACAAAAGCGAAAACUGACCCAAAGAAAAAAGUGGAACCUUGGAAGCUAUACACCAUGGUUUCGGGGCUCUUAUCAAUAGAUUUAGUGAUAUUAUUGUGUUGGCAGAUCUUUGAUCCGCUACAGCGUAUACUCGAAACAUUCCCACUCGAAGAUCCAGUAUCUACAACUGAUGAUAUUAAAAUACGUCCAGAGCUUGAGCAUUGCGAAAGUGAACGCAAUUCCAUGUGGUUAGGACUUGUUUAUGGCGUUAAGGGUCUUAUAUUGGUAUUUGGCCUGUUCUUGGCCUAUGAGACACGUUCGAUCAAAGUCAAACAGAUAAACGAUUCACGCUAUGUGGGCAUGAGCAUCUACAAUGUGGUUGUGCUCUGCCUGAUUACAGCGCCAGUUGGUAUGGUCAUUGCAUCGCAGCAGGACGCAUCAUUCGCCUUUGUUGCACUAGCUGUGAUAUUCUGUUGUUUCCUAAGCAUGCUGCUGAUAUUUGUGCCAAAGGUCAUUGAGGUCAUACGACAUCCAAAAGAUAAAGCCGAAUCGAAAUACAAUCCAGAUUCGGCCAUAUCCAAGGAGGAUGAGGAACGCUAUCAAAAACUGGUAACCGAAAACGAGGAACUACAACGAUUGAUAACACAGAAAGAGGAAAAGAUAAGAGUAUUACGGCAGCGGCUUGUCGAGCGGGACGUGAAUACGAAGGGCACAGAACUGAAUGGGGCAUCGGGUCCCGGCAUCGGAGCUGGUGGUGCCAAUGGUAAUGGCAAUGGUAACGGUAACGGCAAUGGUGGCACAGCAACAACAUCACUGGCAAUCCAGCCACUGGCUGCAAACAUCAUCAGUACAGCUGCCUCAGCGCAUCCCACGCCCGCAGCCACACUCGCAAUCACACAAGAAAUUUUGGCCAUUUUUGCGGGCAUUGAGAAAAUCGAUUGAAUAUUUUGCAAUUGGAGUUUCCAGAUACUCAUGAGCACCGUACAUGAAAAAACUUGUCAAUUUCCUUUGCGUGAUAGGUGAAUUAUACAAAUGAAAAAUUGAAGAAGCUAAAUGAUAACUUAAUAUAUGUGUAUGUAACUUAAUGAACUUUGUAUCAACUU